CAUUCUCUGGGCGGUGCUAGUAGGCGCGGGAAAAAGGAGGGUGUGUGGUGUUAGCGAGAUGAUAGCACAAUUCUUUCAUCUGUGAGCACGUGGUUAAAAUAGUUAAUUAUAUAGCAUUGCUCAAUAACACUAAAACAAAAACUACAAGAUGAACCCAGAAGCGAGUAAAGGGACAUCACUGCAAAACGGGGCUGGGGCUGGGGCGGAGGCGGAGGCUCCUUGCAAGAAGAGGCCGGACUACCUGGAGUGGCCUGAAUAUUUCAUGGCGGUUGCCUUCCUCUCAGCGCAGAGGAGCAAGGAUCCAAACUCACAGGUGGGAGCCUGCAUCGUGAACCAGGAAAACAAGAUCGUGGGGAUAGGCUACAACGGGAUGCCCAAUGACUGCAACGAUGACUUGCUGCCGUGGGCGCGGUCAUCGUCCGACUGGCUGGACACCAAGUACCCCUACGUGUGUCACGCUGAGCUGAACGCCAUCAUGAACAAGAACUCCGCGGACGUGAAGGGCUGCACCAUGUACGUGGCCCUGUUCCCCUGCAACGAGUGCGCCAAGCUCAUCAUCCAGGCAGGUAUAAAGGAUGUGAUUUAUCUGUCAGACAAGUAUCACGACAAAAAGGAAUUUACUGCCUCCAGACGCCUACUCGACAUGGCGGGGAUCCUGUACAAGCAGUUUGAGCCAAAGAGAAACAAGAUCGUCAUCGAUUUUAAUUCCAUCGACGGGUCUAAAACUCACAAGGACACGGCGGGCCCUGUUGCACCUUGAUCCUGCUGGAGCUCUACCUGCCCUCUUCUCACAUGGAAGGAAUUACUCAUUCAUUGUUCUGCAGCUUUCAUUUUCAAAGUUUCAGCACAGUCCAGUUAUGGUUAUGGCUUAGGUGUGUGCUUUCCUUGCCAAACAAACUCCUGACGCACAUUUUACUUUACUGACUUUUAUACCUUUAAUCAAUUUCAUUGGUAUCCCCAAAAAAAUGUUAGAGUUCAUGAGUUAAUGAGGCACUGGUGGAUGGAACUUUGCAUGCUAAUAUAAUUUAACCAAGUUUUUGAUUUUUCUAAUAAAUUACACUGAAUCAAA